CAUGCUACUGAGGUUUUAUUUUUGCUUGUAAUUAAAUAAGUGGUGUGUUUAUCUUAUAGCAGGACCCAAAAUGUGCUAGGCACUAUAGAAAAAUAUGACAUCAGAAGACAUAGUCCCUGACCUGGUGUGCUUACAAUCGAAGGCCCUGAUCCUGCAAACAUUUACACUUGAUUAAUUUUUAUCAUUGUGAGUAGUCUCACUAAGAUUAAAUGGGGCCUAAAACAAAAAAGACAGAGCAAUCACCCUGGGUGGAGGGGAAAGUGCAGCAAACGUUAAUUCCAACUUUAAAAAUAAUUAUAUAACACUAUCCACAUGUACUCUUCCCAGCCAUUGUUAAUUCAUUGUGGUUAAAAUUCACAAGGGGGAUUUAGGUACCACUAACAUUCACAAGCCUAAGUUCAGCUGCUGCUUAAACUUAUAGGCACCUAAAUUUCCACCAUUAAAGUCCCUGAGGUGUCUACAUUUUGGUCGGUAGGCAUGCAUGCAACCACCUAAAUCUUCACACCACUCAGCAGCUUGGCAUGUAAUCCAUGCCGAAAGUCCAGCUGGAUUCUACAACUAGGUGUCCCCUAUCUUGUCUUAGGGACCAGAUCACAUAGGCAUGCUCAGUUAUAUCUAAACCCUUACAAAAGCAGCUGCUGCCACCAGUGGGUACCUGCAUUUGAAAUAUUGAUCUUUUAGGCUGCUGCCCCCAUGGGCAUUUCUGCAGAAAUGAAUGCUAGUGGGGUGUUAGGCUACUGCUGAAACAGGGGAGGUAUAUGGCUGCUAGAAAAAGGUAGGCAAGGUCAAAAAGAUUACUUCACAGCACUGUUGGCAGUGGAGGCUGGGCCUAUGCUGCCUGACUGGGAUGGGAAGAAGAGGAGGAGUGGCACAGCUGUUUUCUCCCUUGCUGCUGAACUACCUCAGGUACUGCUCCUGGGGAACUGAGCCCAUCAAAAUAAACUUUGACGUGAUCAAAAUUUCCCUCUAACCGUACAGCUCCUGAGCGUGGGGCUGUCACAUCACUAAAGCCCCUGCCCUUGGAGGGCUGUGCGCGCUUCCUCUCCUCUGCAGUUUUUGGCAGCUACUUCCCAAACAGACCAGCUCGCCUAGGAGCUAAAAGGUCGGCGAGGUGGCUUCAGGUGCCUGUGGGCUGGACGGGAGAGGGAACUGUUUCUGCUCCUGUCUCCCUUUAGGCUCUCGCCCCGCUUUGGGAACCUAUAGGAGGUCAGUGGGCCGCUGCAGGUGUUUUUCUGUACGAAACAACCUUCCCCUUUACUCCGCCUAGGAGCUCGUUUCGCUCUUCGCACGUGCGGCAGCGCUAGGUGGAGACGCUGCUUAAGCCAGGAGGAGCCAGCCAGGCUCAGGGCCCCUUCCCCCGGCAGCGGGCGGCUGCGUGGGGGCCCAAGGGGCGCAAAGCAGCAGAUGCAGCAUCACACGCGCUCUGGUCCCCGGCCGCGCCGCCGAGAUGCUCCGCUGUCGGGGGGCGGGGCGGCUGCAGGGCAGCGCCACGUGCAGCCAGACGCGGGGGGCGCUCGGAGGCCGCGCGCAACCCGCGCGCUCUCGCCCCUCGGCUCACAGGCUGCCCGCGGGGGCGGAGACUCGACGCGUUAGCAUCAGCGAAGCCCUGCGCGCGGCGCCCUCAGCCACGGGCAAGGUCGCGCUGAGCCUCACUCCUCCCGCCGUGGCGUCACGUGGCCCUGGCCCAGCUCGCCCCUCCACGCGCACUCUCGGGAAGGGAGGAAGUAGGGGGUGUUUCCACGGCAACGCCCUCUCUCCUGGCUCCGCCCCCUACCUGUGCCGCCGCCUGGCUCCUCCCUCCGCUGCCGUAGGGGUGGGGCCAGAGCUCGCCCAGACCCCGCCCUUGAGAGUUGAGCUAAGCCGGACCCAGAAGCGGCCCAGGAAACUGGGCACCAGCCGGGCGAAGGGACGCUCCGCCCAGGGGAGAAGCUUCGCGGGCAGCCAGGCUGGCGGAAGACAAAGGAACCAGUCCUUUGACUUUGGGGGAGAUCCUGACCUGAGAAUUUGGUCAGCUGUGUUGCUAGGAACCUGUGGUAGAAUGGCUCGUGUUUUUGUGUAUGGAACCCUUAAAAAAGGCCAGCCCAAUUACCAGCACAUGUUAAAUGGUACCCAUGGGACAGCAAAAUUCCAAGGCAGGGGGCGCACCGUGGAGAAAUACCCUUUGGUGAUUACAGGAAAAUAUAACAUUCCUUUUUUGCUGAACAUCCCAGGAACGGGACACCAUGUUACUGGAGAGAUUUAUUCCGUUGAUGACCAGAUGCUGCAAUUCCUUGAUGAAUUUGAAGGUUGCCCAGACAUGUAUCAACGUACUCCAGUGAGGCUUGAAGUAGUCGAGUGGGAAGAUAAAAGCAGUGCACCUGAAGAGAGGCCAGCUGUUAACAGCAUUAUAGAAUGCUUUGUGUACAGCACAACCACCUACCAGCCAGCGUGGAUAAAUCUCCCAUACUAUGACAAUUAUGAUUCCUUAGGGAAUCAUGGUCUUCAUUAUGUGCUACGUGAAAGUAGAGAUUAAAAAUGGAAGGUAACACAAUGUAUUAAGAAAAUGCACUGAGCACAUGUUGAUCACAAGCCUCUCUCAAGUAAAUCUAGAAUACUUUUACUGAAGCACCCAAGACCUUUUGUAACCUUUCCAACCACAAAAUCAUUGAUUCUAACAUCAUUACCAUAGAGAUACAGACUCUGAUGCCAAGUCUGACAAAAUUUUACCUAUUCCCUCAGACAAGAUGAAUAAUAGUAUUUUACUCACCAAUCAAAAACAUUGUGUUUGGGUUUUUUCUUUCUUUUAGUAAAAUCAAGGUAAAAGGGCAGCUGAGUCGAAGGGUUCUUCAUGCUACCUGGUAACGUUUCAUAUCAGUUUUGCAAAACAGUGGUGCUGCUGCAACAGCAGAUAAUGAAAUGUGGCUGAUUUCAGUAUAUUGAAAAACCAGCUCAGGUUACUGCACGACAAUCCUCGGUCAGUAAAUGGCUCAGAAGAAAACAAUUACAGCUAUGGAAAAUGCUGUAAGGAAAAAAAAGGUGAUAGUAAAGAGAAUUAGAAAAGCCUAAAAAUAGAAUGAACUUCUCACUGGGUGGUGUAACCAACUGUUCUAAAUUUUGUCUGUUAAAGCUAACUUGAUUGUAAUAAUUGUUUGUAAGAUCUACUGGGUUUAUAAAAUGUAUUAGGAUAAAAUCUUGGGAAUGUACAGCAGUUAAAUUUAAAAUCAUGUUUUUAUUUUGUCCCACUAGACCAUACCAGCACUUUUGGGGCCAUUACGGUCUACUGAGUAAAUGUGUGCUCAGGGACCUUUUAAAAGCUGAUUUUAGCUGCCCAAUACAUUAUAGCAGAUAGGACUGUUUUAGCAAAGUACUUACUGAUAUAAUAGCUCGUAAGUCUCUAGGAAAUCUUUAAUGCAAAAAUGGCAAAUACAUAAAAACUGAACUGAGUUUUUGUAAGCAAAAACCUUUUAAUUAAUUUUGUUUUUUAAAACACCCAAAGGCCCUAGUAACAUGGAAAAACUUCACAGGGUACUUUUAAACAUGCCUCUAAGAUAGAUGGAGCUUUUAUUUCAGGCUGCCUGACACACUGAGUCCCAGUUAAGUUUUCUUCACAACUGUAAGGGCUAAACACGUUUUUACUGAAACUUGGAAGAAUCUCACAUGGUUUCUUGCUAAAUAUCUCAAGCAGACAGAGUUUUAUCACACACUGCUCUAAAACUAGGACAUUGGAAUGGAUACACUGUUGAAUAUUGAAUUAAGUAUAGUGAUACUUGACAAAGUAAAGUGGUCUGAAUAUAGGACAGGGAGGGGGCAUGUCUAUACUACAAUCUUAUGUCCUAGGUUCAUAAUUACUGUGGUGGCUGAUGUCCACGCUACUCGGAGCACGUCCAUCAAUUGAAGAGGGGCAGUGACCCAGGGCUCUCCGCACCCCAGUGGGAGCAGUGGGGAAGCCACCUGUGGCUUCUCACCUCUGGUGGGGAGAUCCACACCCAGAGUCCAGUCAGAGGCAUGCUCCUGGCAGGGAACUGAGAGUUUGGGGGCAGAAGCCGGGCUUUCUUGUCAAUUUCACGGCUCUGCUGACAAGAUAGGGAACAGCCAACGUAAGUAACAGUGUCAGCAUUGACACUGCAUCACCCUAACUACACUGACAUAAGCCCUAUGCCUGGUGGAGGUGCAGUUGGAGUCAUGUGAGUGUAGUAGAUACCUCAUUGGCCAGAGCAAGACUGUAAUGUAGACACUGAUAUAAGCUGCCUUAUGUUGACCUAACUAUAGCAUAGGUUAGGGCUUAGUAAUUAGGACAGGCCUGAAUCCUAUCCUGACUCUUUCUGGGCCUUAGACAAAUCGCUAAGGGCUUGAGGUAGAAGGAACUCAGAAAUCAAGGUCAUACUCUCUACCACCUGGAGUAUCUCCAGUUUCACCAUGUGAGACUGGAAAUCGCCCAGUAGUAAGGCUCUAACUUCACUUUCACCCUGAAAUGAAAAAAACCUCUUGAAUAAACACUUCAAGCGAAGUGGGCCUUUGGGGAAAAUUUCUAACUGAAAAUGAAAGUCAAUGGGAUUUAGGUAUCUAAGUCACUUAAAUAAUUUUGAAAAUUUUACCCUUCAUCUCCAUUAUGGAGGGGCUCCUGGCGUGCUAGAUAGGAGGAUGAGAUCUUUCUAGUAAUUGUAAUGGUUAACUACUAUAGAUACUAGGAGAGAAAUUGGUGGCAUUCCUACCCAAAACAAACUACUACUAAUCCCCUCCUAGGGACUCACUCUUGGGUAACAGUACAAUCCAGAGUAGGGCUGAUGACAGAAUUCGGCUUAGGGGAUAAACACUUGGACUGAGAAUGCAGCAACCAGGUUUGUGGGAGCUGUAGGCAUAGGGUUUAAUGCAUUCUUGUAACUGUGGACGGGGUGGGGUGGAAAGAAACCUCUGCAAAAUUACCUAAAGUGAGGAUUCUGCUCCAUGGCAGGUAGUCUUUAAAUGCAGGACCUGUUUACUUUCAGGGUGAUCUCUGCCAUUCAAGAGAGCAGGGAUGCUGCUGGUAAAAGGUUAGUAACCACUAUCUACAGCUGCAUGUUAGGAUGCUGGAGAAAUUAAUUUUAGUCUGGAAUGAAGUUUGAAUCAUCAGAGUAUAAACAAAGAUCAAAGUAGUUUUAGAUUUUGUACAGCUUUCUUUGCCUCUGGUUAUUUGAGUAAACUAAUGCAAUUCUUA